AUGCUCCGCAUCAUCAGCAACAACCAUGAAUCUCGUACCACGGCCACGGCCAAAAGGCAACCCAACACCAUGAUCCGACAAGACUAUUCUAGAGUUGAUGCCAAAAGACGCGCAAAUCUCGAUUACAAAAGAAGGCAAUUUGCAAAGGCAGAGUUUCAGCAGCAAGACUAUAAACACCGCCUCAACUUCUACACGCUGCCGCCCACUGCUGAGAUUACUUUGGAGGAAUUCGAGACCUGGGCUAUACAGCGGUUGAAAGUCCUCUCCGAACUAGAAGCAUGUAGUUUUCGUAACCGUAGCCCCGAAGAGACUGCCGAGUACAUGCGGAGCAUACUAGACAAACAUCUACCGCUACGAUCCAACUCGUCCAGAAGUCAAAAGAUACAAGAGGAGAGAAGGAAAGAUCAUUAUUCACAUUUCAUCCUACGUCUCGCAUUCGCCUCCACAGAAGACUUACGACGACGAUUCUCAAGAUUGGAGACGAUGCUGUUUCGCCUUCGAUUCAAAGAUGACGAUAUACGCGAGCGGCAGGAGUUUGUGAAGAGCCUGAAUCUGGAGUGGGAAGAAGUAGGCGAUGAGGAGAAGAGGGAGCUCAAGAAGGAAUUGAUGGCCGCAAACCAGCAACCGAAGGGGGAAGAGCAGGAAUGGUUCAAAGUGGACUGGGAGAGGGUCCCCGAACUUGUAGAGCAAAGGAAAGUUCUAAUCAGAAGAGGCAAAGCCUAUGUUCCGCAAAGAGAGCAGAUGAGCCUAGUGGUGGCUGAAUUCACGAAAAGACUGGAUGAAGCCCUUGAGCUAACAGCACGUGCACUUCCACGCCUUGAUGAAGACGACCGCCUUGCGCCUAUUCUCGCCCAUCUGUCUCAAUCCUUCACAGCGCCCGAUACCGCCUACUCAUCGGCCGAUGCCAAUAUCGACGGACUUUCUACGAUUACCGCAAAUAGCAUCGAUUCCUUAUCCCAGAACUUCCCUCUAUGCAUGCGCAAUUUGCAUACAACACUGCGCGAAAACUCCCAUCUCAAGCACUUCGGUCGUCUACAGUACACACUGUUUCUCAAGGGCAUAGGUCUCAGCCUCGACGAAUGUCUUGUCUUUUGGCGUCGGUCCUUCAAACUCAUAACGGACGACAAAUUUCAAAAGGAGUACAAGUACAAUAUUCGUCACGCAUACGGUGACGUGGGUGGCGACUCAAAUCGACGUGGACGAGGCUACACACCCUUCUCGUGUCAAAAGCUGCUCACCGAGCCCCUCCCGGGACCCGGACAGUCACAUGGCUGUCCAUAUCGCACUUUUACAUCGGAAAAUCUGAUCUCGAUCUUGCAACGUGUUGGUGUAAACGACCGUGACGUGCUAAAGACUGUGAAGGAGGACGUGAGCAAGCAACGGUAUCAUGUUGCCUGUAACAGAAUAUUUGAAUGGAGUCAUAGGCGGGAGAUCAAGAAGGUCCGAGAUGAUGGGAGUUGGAGUGCUACGGAUUUAGACACGAUUGUACAUCCCAACACGUACUUCAAACGGAGUUGGUUGCUGAAGCAUCUCGGCGAGGGCAACGCAGGGCUUGUCGGCGAGAUUGGGAAAAUGGAGGAAUAG